AGUCCAUUCCUUUUUUCAUGGAUCUCCCAAUAUUUCUUCUCUCAUCCAUUCAUUCACUCACAAGUCACAUACCAUGAUUGAUUAACACAUAUAAAACCAUAAACUCAACACUUUCACAUUUCCACUAACUCCUCUCCCCUAAAACCUUCAAAAUCCAUCUCUCUCACACAACACAACAAUGCUAGAUCCAGCUAAUGAUUUGGUUCCACCACCAUCUUCACCCUCCAUCUCCUCCAUUUCCUCAUCUGAUCUUGACACUGAGUCUACAGGAUCAUUUUUUCAUGAUAGAAGCACAACAUUGGGGACACUAAUGGGAGUGAGUUUUCCGGCGAUAACAUUCAGAGUCCCGUCGCAGCACCGGGACACACAUUCCGACGCCGGAGUUUGCGCCGUUGGAACCAUUAGGAAUGCGUCUAACAAAAAGAAGAAAAGGACCGCCGCCGCCGCGUCGGUGGCGGCGGAGCGGCGGCGAAAGUGGUGGCAGCUGUGUAGGGACAGUGACGCAAGACCGGCUUCGUUAGGGGAUUUUUUGGAGGUGGAGCGGCGGUUUGGCGACGGCGGGUUUUACGAAACGGCGGCGGAGCUUGAGGGAAUGGUGGCUGUGGCUGAGCAACCGCAGAGGAACGGCGGGAGAAUGCUUUUUGCUGAUGGGAGGGUUCUUCCACCGGCGGAAGAUGGUGGCAACGGAGAAUCGCCGGCGGAGAGUCUUUGUAAUAGGUUUCCGGUGUCGCUCGCCGGAAUAUGCAGCGGCGGCGCUGGAUAGGUGUAAUUAAGAAAUAAGAAAUUGAUUUUUUUUUGUUUUAAUUUUUUUUCUUCCAGAGAGAAAGAGAGUAAAAUUUAAAAAAUUGUGGAUUUAUUUAAUUUUAUUUAUUUAUUUUUGUUAAUUUUUGGAGUUUGUUUGAUUGUUACUUAAUUGGUAAAUUAAGAUUCUUUUUGUCUGUGGUUUAUGUACAAAAAAGUAAGGUUUGGCUUUUACCUUUUGUUACCUUUUUGUUUUUCCUUUUUAUUCUUUUGAUGUAACCAUAUACUCCACUUUUAUGAUCAAAAUGAUGAUUAAUGAAAUAGUAUAAUUAUUCUUAUGGAUUAGCCAAAAUAAUCUCAUGUUAAUAAGACUAAUCAAAGAUUAUAGUAUAACACUAAUGCAUCUCAAUUCAACAUGACAAUGAUAGGCUUGAUGGAAAAUCUUAGACACCAAUCCAUGGCCUAAAAUAAUGAAUGAAACUCAAUAUUGUCUUCUUGCAUUUUUUGGAUGCCAUUUGUCUUCAAUAUUCUCAUUAAUUUUUGUAUUUGUUUAGUGCCGACAUCUGAAUAAGUAAAUCUAAAACUAACUAAAAAUAUAAAAAUUUAGAGAUGAAUUAUUGAGCAAUUUUAUUGU